AUGGGUGAUAACAAUGACGAGGUUGGCUUGACUGAUGUUGUCGUGGCUCAGCCUGCUGCCGUUGAUCAAGAUGAAUUAGUUUUACAGUUAAUGCAACAAAUUGCCAAAAUGAGGGUCAAAAUGCAAAGAAUGCAAGAUUUGCCUAAUCCAGUUUUCGCUUUCAACCCUCCAGGAGAUGGAAGACCUCCACUCCACUUUUCUUCUCUAAGCACGGAACAGAAUCCCUCCAUUGCUCUGCCAUUACCUCAAAAAACUACUUUUCAAAUUCCAAUUCCAAAUGAACCCUACGCCAACUGUUCUGAGAUUGAUCACUAUGAGGAACGAGAGAGAGAAUGGAGGUCAAAGGAAGAGGCAGUCAAACUGAAUAUGAAAGAAGAGAUCAGGAAAGCCAUGAAGGAGAUAGAUUGUAUUCCUGAAGUCGAUGGGUUGAGUUAUGAGGAUUUGUGCAUCCAUCCGGAUCUGGACCUCCCGGAAGGGUUUAAAGUGCCAAGAUUCGACACUUUUGGAGGAACAGGGAAUCCCUUGGAACACCUGAGGGCCUACUCGUUAGAAUGGUUUACCUCAUAUGAGACAAAACAGUGGUCUAGCUUGAAUGCACUAGCUAAAGAUUUCGUCGAACGGUUUGCCUACAAUGUGGAGAUCGUUCCUGAUUGCUAUUCUUUGGAGAGAAUUAGGAAGAAAUCCACUGAAAGCUAUCGUGAAUAUGCGUAUAAGUGGAGGAAGAAAGCCGCUCGGGUUCGACCUCCCAUGUCUGAGAAGGAGAUCGUUGAAGUGUUCAUACGUAUUCAAGAGCCAGAGUAUUAUGACAGGAUAAUGUUGCUCAUUGGAGCAAAAUUUGCGGAGAUAGUCAAGGUAGGUAAGGCUAUCGAAGAUGGGAUUAAAGCUGGAAAGAUUUCUCGCGUUGCCGCCCCAACCAAAUCUUCAGGACUGUUGAAAAAGAAGAGAGAUGAUGUGUCUUCUAUUUCCUACGCAUUUGAUGGAAAAGGACACUUCAGAAAAUCCUCACCUUACAAAGGUCAUCCUCGAGCUCCACAAAAUUCAUAUCCAGCUUGUUAUACCCAAUCAGGUUAUCAAACUCCACCACCGAGUUACCAAUUUCCACCUCUUGUUUACCAAACUCCAUUUCCAUAUUACCAAAAUACCCAUCCAUAUUACCUAGCUCCAUCAGUUAAUUGUUCAAAUAUCCAAUCAAGUUACCAAACUCCACCUCCGCACUACCAAAACACUCAUCCUAGCUACCGAGCUCCACAAUACAGAAAUUUCCAAACGCAAGUACCAACUCACCAAAAUCCUCCAAACUACCGUCAAGUACCUUUACAUCCAGGAAAUAAUUACAAUCCUCCUCGUGAGAAGAAACCUUCUAGAGUCUUUACUCCUUUGGUUGAGAGCCGAACACAACUUUUUGAGAGAUUGAAAUCGGCUGGCCUAAUACAGACAAUUGAUCCAAAUAAUAUCAAUGUCAACUCCAAGCUUUAUAGAUCCGAUCUUCACUGUGCUUACCAUUCAGGAGGUGCUGGGCAUAUUACCGAGAAUUAUAUCAACUUGAAGCAUAAAAUUCAGGACUUGAUAGACCAAAAGGUCGUCACUCUUCAGACUGCCACUCCUAAUGUUGAUAGUAACCCCAUGCCGAAUCAUGGAGGGGUAACUAUUAAUAUGGUUGAAGUCGAAGAAGAUUUGAAUGUGAAGAAAGUUUUAUCUCAGCUAACCUUGAAAAGCUUGAGAAAGUUGCAGCCCCUCCAACCAUAA